AGUAUAUAAGAAAUAUCAUCAUAUUUUUAUUAAUAUUGCAAACGUUGCACGCGCAUGUACAUGACGGUCUUGCGGAUCUCGUGAUACGGAGAGCCGAAGUAUCAAUAUUCAAAUAAAGUAUAACGUGUCAAGAGUAAUCUUGACAGAGGAAUUGGCAAAAUUAAAAUUAUUCCCCCUGCGUAGACAUAUCUUUAUUUUCGUGAAUAGAGGUAAUUCAGAUAAGUGCUUCAUACUCGUAAAGAAUGAGUGGAACAGAUCGUCGCGUGCAACGGAGCAUCCUCGUGAUUGCGGGUCCUUAUGCGAAUUGAAGAUCGAUCCACUGCAGCAAGGUGUCAAUAGAAAUGAUAGAGCGCGACGCGAACGCCAAUCGAUUCUGCUCGAGCAUUGACAAUCGACCUUGUGACGUGGUGUCACAAGGUACGUUAUUACGUAAUCUGAAAAAAAGCUUGCCUUGCCUAGGCGCGGGAAUUUCGUUCGUAUAUCCGGUUUAAUCGGCGCCGUGUGUUGAACUUUAGCACGGGAAUGCGAAUGAUUCUGAGAUGAUAAGCACUUGUUCAUUAGAGAGAAAUACACCUGCGAAGAAUUACGAUAUAGUUUAAUGAUGCCUCUAACAGCUGAAUAGAACAUAAAAUUCCUAAAAUUCAGCUUACAUAUAUACGUGUUGUAAUUGAAAACUUAGCACUCGCCUAACUUUUAAUAUUACAUUUAUAUCAUUUAAUUUAAUAUUAAUAUUAAUUAUUUAAUUUAAUAUUACGUUAAUAAAUAUAAAUUAUAUUGUAUGUGUUAGUAACAAAAUUGAAUUUAAUAACGUGGUAAUUUGAAAAUUGCUAGCGCGCAAUUGAAAAGCAGUAACGUCGACAAUCGUCAAUGACAUGCGGUCAAUGCGGUGGAAGCUUUUGGGUCUUUCUGUACGUUUACGAUUCCAAAAAUACACCGCGGAUACCGCGUGAUCGCAGCAGCGAGGCAGCGACAGACACUCGUCGUGUGCGAGAAGCCGGCAGAAGUCUCGUUACCUGCCCAACGCAAUCUAGAUGCUAUUGGCAAGGUUAACGCACGAUAUUUUUAAUAAGCCGCAGCUAUAAAGCGCACGAGUGAGCACGGCCUUCGAGUUAGUGUGAUUCGCAAGCUUCCGAUCGACGUAUCAUCAGCGUCCUAUUAUCGGAGAAGAGUACCUGACGAAUUUCUCGUCGACGAAAGCGUUUGAUCCCCUCGGACAUGUCGCACGAAUCGGGUAGCGGCGCAUCCGCGGGAGGAUCUACGCCGCAGGCGUACAAGGUGCUUAGGAGUGAUCAAGUCGGUAGAUACAUGGUCGCAAGCAGAGAACUGCAGGCUGGCGAAGAAAUCGUAACGGAAAUGCCGUUUAUCGUCGGGCCGAAGGCAUGUACUUAUCCCUUGUGUCUUUCUUGCUACUCACCUUGGCCUCCAAGUCCGAACAACAAACGACUCUGCUCUAGGUGCGGAUGGCCCGUUUGCGGUGAGGAGUGCGAGGAUGCUCUGCAACAUAAAGAUUACGAGUGUCGGGUGUUCGCACAGGCGAGUGAGAAGUUUAAUGUCGACGCCGCGCUGGAAGGAAACAACGAAAACGGCGUGCCACAAUUAGAGUGCAUUAUGCCGUUGAGAUUGUUGCUAGAGUCAGAGAAGAACGUCGAGAGGUGGGACAAGGAAGUGAAGGACAUGGAGGCGCAUAACAAGAUACGAAGUCAAAAAACGCAGUGGAAAUCCGAUCAUGUGAAUAUCGUGGAGUAUCUGAGGAAACGGCUCAAACUCGACAGAUUCUCAGAGGAGCGCAUACAAACAAUCUGCGGGAUUCUGGAGAUUAAUACGUUCGAGGUACGGACAGCGAAAGGAUUCGGUGCACGGGGUCUUUAUCCGACAGUCGCUAUGAUGAAUCACUCGUGCGUCUCCAACACGUCUCACAGUAUAUCGCCGAUCGACUACAAGAUGCGGCUACGUACCACGCUUAAGAUUCCUGCGGGCGGUGAACUCCACGCGAGUUACACACACUCGUUACUUCCUACGAUGUUGCGGAGGGAACAUCUACUCGAGGGCAAGCACUUUGCGUGCGCGUGCCCGCGAUGUUCCGAUCCCACAGAAUUGAAUACGCACAUGUCCUCGCUUAAGUGCAACAAAUGCGACAACGGAAUUGUUUUGCCACUAGAUUCUCUGGAUUCAGAAAGUACUUGGAAAUGUACGCACUGUGAGUUUUCUACCAACGGAAGAGCAGUCCAGAAGAUCCUCCGAAUCAUUCAAGUCGAUGUAGACGCCGCUGAGGCUAUCAGCGGAGCCGAGGGGGCCGAUGCAAUCUUUGAAAGGGAGAACGUUGUAAAAAAGUAUCAAUCAGUCCUGCAUCCCCGUCAUGCGUUUCUUACAAUGCUGAGGCACUCAUUAACUCAAAUGUAUGGCCGAGUUGACGAGUACCUGCUGAACGAUCUGCCGGAUGUCGUAUUGGAGCACAAAGUCGACAUGUGCCGCUUAUUGCUUCAAGUACUAGACGUUGUAGAGCCUGGGUACUCUCGCAUAAGAGGUAUGACAUUAUACGAGCUCCACGCGCCGUUACUCUUCUUAGCUAAAGGUCAGUGGAAUGCCGGCGUCAUUGAUGAGGCCGGGCUGAAGUCCAAAAUGACGGAAGUUGCAAACAUCCUGAAAGAAGCUACCACGAUAUUGACCAUGGAACCCGCCGAUACGGCCGAGGGACAAAUCGGCCUCGUCGCAAAAGAGUCUCUAGCUCAACUGGAACAAUCCGUAAACGAUUUAUAAAUAUUUCCUGUAAUUAUCUCGUUAUUUGUACAAAUUACAUUUUUAUUAAUAAACAUACACACUCCUACGUAUUUGCA